AUGGCGUCGGGGAAGGAGGAAUACCGGCCUAUGGUCACUUGGAUGUACGAUCUGAUCCUAUGGUUCCUAUCUCUGCUCGUCGACCUCUUCUUCCGCGAAGUGCAUCCUCGCGGGUCAUGGAAGGUCCCCAAGAGAGGGCCGGUCAUUCUCGUUGCUGCUCCGCAUGCGAACCAGUUCGUGGACUCCUUGAUCCUGAUGCGCGUUAUGCGCAUGGAACUUCAUCGUCGAAUCGCCUUCCUGAUCGCCCAGAAAUCGUUCAAACGUCGAUUCGUCGGCCUGCUUGCUCGCUUCACUGGCUCGGUGCCCGUCACACGAGCAAUGGACAACCUGAAGCCAGGUAAAGGCACAAUCUACCUUCCCGAUCCCGUAAACAAUCCUACUCUCCUCCGCGGGCACGGUACGGACUUUACAUCCUCCGCUUUUGAGGUUGGCGGCACAAUCUCCCUGCCGUCUGUGGGUGGUCGGUCGAGCAGUACGGAUAUAGGCGAGAUCAAGGGGCCGGAGGAGCUUAUUUUGAAGAAACCAUAUAAGACGCAAGAGGCGCUGCAGCAACUGACUGGCAGAGACGACGUUACGGCCGAUUGCACCUUUAUAGGAGGCACAAACGUCCAGAGUCCGCCGGAUUUCAAGGGAUCGAGAUUCAAGGUUGCCCCGCACGUUGACCAAACGCAGGUUUAUAAUGCUGUUUUUGAGACGCUGAAUCAUGGAGGCUGUAUUGGUAUCUUCCCUGAGGGUGGGAGUCACGAUCGUCCGGAUUUGUUGCCGUUGAAAGCUGGUGUUGCGUUGAUGGCACUUGGAGCCGUGGCAGCCAACCCCGAUUGCGACGUGACCAUCAUUCCCUGUGGAAUGAACUAUUUCCAUGCACACAAGUUCCGGUCUCGAGCAGUCAUCGAAUUCGGAAACCCCGUCAAGGUACCUCCGGAGCUUGUCAAGAUGUAUAAAGAGGGCCAGAAGCGAGAGUCUGUAGGAACACUGUUGGAUACCAUAUACCAGGCCCUUGUCACCGUUACCGUAACUUCUCCCGACUACGAAUCUUUGAUGGUCAUACAAGCAGCUAGACGACUCUACAACCCUACAGGGAAGAAACUGCCUCUUCCAAUGGUCGUUGAACUCAACCGCCGCCUGGCCAAGGGUUAUGCUCAUUAUAAAGACGACCCUAGAAUAAUCAGGCUAAAGAAGUCAGUCCUGGACUAUAACAAGGAUCUCCGCAUCCUAGGCAUCCGAGACCACCAGGUCGAAUAUGCCAAAUUCUCCAUAUUCAAAGUUGUCACUACCCUGAUCUACCGACUGGGCAAGCUGGUAGUCAUGGCCAUCGGAACCCUUCCAGGACUCAUCCUCUUCCUUCCAGUCUUCAUCGCAACGAAACUCAUCUCUAUCAAGAAAUCCCGUGAAGCACUGGCCGCAUCGAGCGUUAAGAUUCAAGGCCGCGACGUGAUGGCAACUUGGAAACUGCUCGUUGCUCUGGCUUUCGCUCCACUCCUAUAUACCUUCUACACUGCCCUACUUACUUACUGGACCUACAGUCAUCGUGUCUGGGGAUACGUGCCCAACUGGGUGCCCCUCUGGACAAUCAUACCGCUGGGCUUCUGGAUCUUCCCAUCCAUCACCUUUGCCGCUCUACGAAUCGGGGAGAUAGGAAUGGACAUUCUCAAAUCGCUUCGUCCUCUGGUUCUAUCACUUAACCCCAGCUCAGCAAACUCGCUGGUCAAACUACGUGAACGACGGGCAGAGCUAUCCCUCCAAGUCACCGAUCUAAUCAACACGCUGGGCCCAGAGAUGUUCCCCGACUUCGACUCAUCCAGAGUCGUCGCUAAUCCGUUCAAGGAUACCAUCUUCCGCGAAAACCAGCCCGCAAAAGCACUCGAUUCGCCCGAUGACGGUGAAGCCAGGCUGCCCUUCGACGAUGACGGCCGCCCUCGCAUCAUCCACCGCUCCCACACCGAGUCGUCCAUGCAAGACCAACUCCCGCGCAACGAAUCCUUCCACGACCUCGCCAGCUUCGGCUUCUUCUCUACCCGCCCACCAAGUCGAAGCAGAAGCCGCAGCAGCUCCAACGGCGGUCUCGUAGGCUCCUCCGGCUUCCCACUAAAGGAGUUCAGCACCCUGGACUCCAAGGAGAGUUUCAAAGAGGUAAGUAAGCGUAUCCGAGGCGCCAUGCGCGAACGAGGACGACAGCGACGCCGAAAGAGCGAAGACUCGAAUAUGUGGGAGGCCGCCUCGGAUUCCGAGUCUCCAUCUCCGGAGGACAAGAAGGAUAUUUAA